GAAAGGUGGUUGACUACUAAUAAAAUGUGUCGCUGUAACUCUUGAUUCUAUAAAUACUAAAUCAGUGAUUAAUUUAUGUUGUGUUGAGAAAUCUUAAAAUCCUCGUAAAUUGAUAGUUUUCCGGCAAUAUGGAAGUGAAUUUAGAUGAGUACGUGAAAGAGUGGACCGAUCUGUCAAAUGAGUACAAAAGUCUUGAGACCACAAAUUCAACCUAUUUAGAUUUACUGGAAAAUUUAGAGCAACUACAGGAGCAAUGUACGAAACAAAUAAAACAUCAACGUUAUCGGAUGCAGCAAAUUUCCAAAAGCAUAAAACUAUGCACGAAAGACAAGAGGCUCACUCCAGAGGAGAAAGAUUCAUUAGCGGAAUUGAACAAAAACAUGCUGAAACGGAAGGCUCAAUUGCAUGAAAUCGAACAAGGCUUACCGCAAAAGAAUAGUUUCUAUUUAAACAUUAUUCUUGGGGACGUCAAUGUCUCAAUCUUGAAUAGAAGCGAUAAGGUUCGUUACAAAGAUGACUACGAAAAGUUUAAACUGAUUUUGAACGUUAUUGGCUUAUUUUUGUCGUUCCUGAAUAUCGUUGUUAACUAUAGAGCUCUGGAACUUGCAUUUAUGUUUCUCUUAGUUUGGUACUAUUGCACGCUGACGAUUAGGGAAUCUAUUUUGAAGGUAAGAUGCAAACAAUUAUUGUUCAAAUACACAGUAACAUCAUCGAAAACAUUUCUAUGUAAAUGAUGAUGAUGAUGAUGA